GUGCACACGCGCGCAUCCCGUGCACACGCUCGGAUCCUCGCCUAGUGGCGCCCGGCGCGCCCGCGCAGCAGAGCGGAGGGCGGGGAGGGCGCGGCCGCGAGAGGGCGCGGCGAGCGGCUAGCGUUCGGGACUGGGUCGUUGCCAAGGCCGGGUACGAGGCUGUCGGAGGGUCCCGGAGCGAGGGAGCGCAGAGGCCACGCGCGCCAUGAACCCGAAGGCGGCCGGUGAGGAAGAGGACUGCGUGGACUCUGGAGCCGAGACCGGAGGGUCCGACUACAGCCAUCUGUCCUCCACCAGCAGUGAGCUUUCUGUGGAGGAGGCCCAGGACCCUUUCCUGGUGAGCAUCCACAUCAUCGCAGACCCAGGGGAGUCUCAGCCACUGCAGGAGGCCAUCGACAAGGUUUUGGCAUGGGUUCACCCUGAUCUCCCACUGUUCCGAGUGUCUGAGCGGCGCACAAGCAGGCGAAGACGGAAGUCUCCCAAGGGUGCACAGCCAGCACUGGCGGUGGUGCUGUUCCUGCAGGAGGAGUACGGAGAGGAGCAGAUCCUACAGGUGCACAGGGUGCUGCAGCAGCCGCCCUGGCGCCACCAUCACACAGAACGAGUGCACGGCCGCUUCAUACCCUACCUGCCUUGCAGUCAGGACUUCUUUACUCUGGCUCCCGGGACCCCGCUGUGGGCAAUCAGGCCAGUGCACUACGGUAAGGAAAUCGUGCGCUUCACCAUCUACUGUCGCCAUAACAGCUAUGCUGACAGCCUCCGCUUCUAUGAGCUGAUCUUGCGGCGGAGCCCCAGCCAACGGAAAGCAGACUUCUGCAUCUUCCCCAUCUUCUCCAAUCUGGAUGUGGACAUCCAGUUCUCCCUGAAAAGACUACCCUGCGACCAGAAGCCAGUGCCCACCGACUCCUCGGUGCUGGAGUUCCGAGUGAAGGACAUCGGGCAACUGGUACCCCUCCUUCCCAACCCCUGCAGCCCCAUCAGUGAGGGGCGCUGGCAGACUGAGGACCAUGAUGGCAACAAGAUCCUUCUGCAGAAACUGACACAGAGAUGAGAUUUUGCCCUCCCAUCUCAGACCCUAGCAUGUCUGCCUCAGAGUGUCCUCCAAAGCUGCCAUCACGAGUCGUGCUGACCCUUGACUCUGGGACAGGGAUAAAGGAGAAUAACCACAGUCCAAGAAUGAAGACAGCGCACCCUUAAGCGCACCGAAGGGGAGAGUAUUUCCAACAGGGAUUAUCAUUGCUUACCUCAUAGUAUGGAGAUAUCUUCAGCCAAAAACAGCUAAUGGGAUGCUCACUCCUGGGGAGGGAGAGCAGACCCUCUUCCUAAAACAAAUCUCUACAGGAACCCCACACCACAGUUGCCACGGGGCUUCCUUGAUUGAGUUCUCUUGGGUGUUACAAGCAUCAUUUCAAUAAUCUUUGUUAUGUUGUGUGUCUAAUAAUCUCUCUAUCUGCUACUUAGACUCACUUCAAAACUCAAACCAUAGUUAUGCUAAAUGGCUCUACAUACUAUAUGAAGGUGUAAAGACCACAGGGUUUACCUUGGCACUUUCACGGUCUACUGGCAUGUACACAGAUGAUAUUAAUCUAUUACAUUAACCUGUGUGUUUAGUUUGGCUUGGCUUUCUUUAAUUGGGGUGGUGUUGCACGGCACUGUCCUCUAAGCCACACUACUAUCUUCUUGGCUUCAGCUGUGUCUGCUUGCAGACGAUCAUCACAGCUGGGCUUUUUGACUAUUGACACUCCUUCAUAAAACGACAGGUUGGGCAGACUCCUUAGACCACCACCUCAUAUAGCCAGCUCCUCCUAGCCAGGUGUAGGUAAUUCUGCCCUAAUAUCACAUGGCCUUGUGGAUUGGAGGACCAGCAGAGUAUACGGGCUAGGGAGUGAGGACUCCACAGUGUCCAUGAGAAAACCGUCAUCCAUGCUGGAUGAAGACUUUCUAGUGCAGAUGCUUAGGAAGGUCCCUCAUACUUCUGCAGUCAUCCCUCACCCAUGUUCUGGAAGUAAGUCCAUUAUGUUUGUUGGCUUCCCAGGGUAAAACCAAGCUCUUGCUUAUCCAUGGGACUUCAUGAGGAGACUAUAGACAAUAUUCUCCUCCACUCCCCAGAGAAAGAAAAAAAAAGUUCACAUCAGAUACUCAAUGUGUUAUUGUCACUGAGCCUCAUGCUAUUGAGGAAAAAACAGUGAGUAAAUGAUUUUAGUAAAGAUGGGUUUGUCUAUGUAGCAAACACAGGCAAACACAGAGGUCUGAGUAAGUCAUUUCAAGUUUGUAAAGAAUGAGAAUUGGAUAUGAUGUAUAUGCUAUUGAAAAUUCUAAGAUCAAAGUCCAAUACACUGAUGUCCAACCAGUGGAGUUAUUGAUAGGUUCUUAUUAAAUAAAAAUGUAUGCUUGACAAUGUCUUGCUUUUCCCAAGCUUUAUGUAAAUGUUGCACAGAAGUCACAGUGCCAGAUUGGAAUAAAUAAUCUUCUGUGUGUUCCAUACCCAUGGCCAUGCUGAUGUGCCAAAGGAAUCAAAACAGGAGGGAGUCAGUGAGGUCCCAGGGGACUAUAGGACAUCUCAAAUGUUCUAUGUCUGUGGCAAGGCAUCUAUUCUCUUGUUUAGGAAGGCCAUGAAGACCUCACCUGGUGAUUCUAACCAGUGUCAGGUCUACAAGAAGUGGACCAACCCAAGAAAUUUUCCCUAAUGCUUCUGUGGUGGUUUGAAUAUGCUUGGCCCAGGGAGUGGCACUCUUUGGAGGUGUGACCCUGUUGGAGUAGGUGUGGCCUUCUUGGAGGAAGUGUGUCACUGUGGGCAUGGGCUUUAAGACCCUUGUCCUCGUUGCCUGAAAGCCAGUCUUCUAGCUGCCUUCAGUACAAGAGGUAGAACUCUCCUGGAUGCUGGAGAUGAUGAUAAUGGACUGAAUCUCAGAACCUGUAAGCCAGCCCCAAUUACAUGUUGUCCUUUAUAAGAGUUGCCUUGGUCAUGGUGUCUGCUCACAGCAGUAAAACCCUAAGACAGCUUCCAAGCGAAACCACGGUCAAGCAAGGCUGCUACCUUAACUUCAAAUGAAACGAACAGCUAGCCAAAGAGAGUCUGGAGGAGCCAAAGGUCACUCCCAAAUCCAAGUGACCCCCGAGGACCAGAUCUUCAAUUGGCCUUAGCAGGAAAAAAAUGGCUAUUCAGGAGUAGUGCUGCACACCUUUAUUCCCAACUCUCAGGGGCAGAGGCAGGUGGAUCUCAUUAAGUUCAAGGCCAGAAUGAUCUACAUAGAGAGUUCCAGGACAGCCAGGGGACAUAGGAUUUGUCUCACAAAACCAACAGAACAAAGCCAGUUAAUGGCCACCAACAUAGUCUUCAACAUCCAGCAUAAAAAUAUAACCAAAGACUAAAGUGAUUAGUGUGGUUUUAACAGUCCCAUGGAUUGCACUCCCUAAAUAUUAUCCGCCACUCUCUAGAAAAUAUCACGUACACACCUAUGUCUUACUAAUGACUUUUCUUCUUGAUAAGAAAGCCGUGUAGAUGUAAUACUUCAGAGAUGAGCUCCGUUCAACACUGCAGUACCUACCUGCACCCAAGAGAGAGAAACCCACUAUUGUUAACCUAAGAAACAAAUGAUGAUUAAAUGUCUUCUCUCUUCCUCUCUAGAAGCCAUCAGGGAGGGACACCACAUUGUGGUUCUAGAUAUCCUAACAGCUAUCAAAGUGACUAAAGACAGAUUCUGGGUUCAUCACUAUUGAGUCCACCCUUGGAGGCCAAGAACAAUGAGGAGCCAAGUAGAUAGGUGCUCUCGGGAGCCCAUCAAGAGACUCUGAUGGACUUUGAUUUAAACAUAGCCUGUGCUCUGGCUUGUCCUGAUUCCCUGAGGCACUGGUUAGCUUUUUGUCAACUUGACAGAAGCUAGAGUUCUCUAAAAGGAGCACAUCUCCUUUUAGACUGAGAAGAUGUCCCCAUAGAAGUAGCCUGCAGGCAAAACAAUGGGGCAUUUUCUUAUUAAUGAUUGACUUGGAAGAGCUCAGUCUACUGUGAACAAUGGUGGUCCUUUUAUAAGAAAGCAAACAGAGAAAACCAGUAAGCAGCAUUCUUCUAUGACCUCUGCUUUUGGUUUCUGCCUCCAUGUUCCCUCCCUGACUUCCCUUCAUAAUUUAUUAUAAGCUAUAAGGUAAAAUAAACCCUCCCCCCACACACACAAAGAGGGAUGCAAACAAUUGAAGAAAUAUUGAUAAUAAGAGUGGAGAGGAAGUUUCCAGAGCUCAGUCAUUAUCGAAGAUGAUUUUAUAACCUCCCAAUGUUAUCAAAAGAAGGACUCUAGUCUUUCACAAGAAAGAAUGGGGUCAGAUCAGAAUUAGCAAUCUUUCCUUUAGAUACAACCUCAGACUCCCACUGGAGUUUUGGUGUGACCGUUCUCCUCUGUGUCUGGUGGGGUGGGAGAAUCCAGGCAGCUAGCCUGCUAACCACUCUCCCUAUACCAGAUUCCACCCUUGGCAUAGGCACGUAGGUAGAAGGAACCAAGUUCGUGUGGCAUGAAUAUGUAGAACCAGGACUUGAGCGUGUAGAAACUGGUGGUCUGUGGCCCAUGAAUGAUGCUGUGUAGGCCCAUAGAAGCCAGAGAAGAACCUACCUGCAGAGAACCUCGCAAGGUGCUUUGAGGUCUUAGUCACUGUUCUAUUUCUGUCAGAAGUUGCUUUGACCGAGGCAACACUUAUUAAAAGAAAACAUUUAAUUGGCGAUUUUCUUUCAGUCUCAGGUUUAGUCCAUCAUCAUCAUGGUGGGACGCGUGGCAGCAGGGACGGUGCUGGAGCAGUAGCCGAGAGCUACAUUCUGAGCCACAGGAUGACACACAGCCAGACAGACAGACAGACAGGCAGGCAGGCAGGCAGGCAGGCAGGCAGGCAGGCAGGCAGACACUUAGAGAAGAGAGGGGAAGAAAUACAGGGCCAGGUAUGGGCUUUUGAAAACUCAAAACCUGCUCCCAGUGACACACUUCCUCUAACAAGGCCACACCUCCUAAUCCUUCUAAUUUAAUGAGUUCCACUCCCCAGUGAGUAAGCAUUCAAAUACGUGAGCUAAGGGACCAUUCCUAUUCACUCUACCACAAAGCUUUCUUGAUGCAACAGCCACUUAUAAGCACUGUUGCUGACUUCUGAUGCUCCCCCCUUUAGUUGCCUAGUUACCUUGCAGAUAUGCCUUUGGUACUGAGAUCUUCUUAGUAGGACUGCUUGCCUACUAUGUAUGAGGCCCUGGGCUCCAUCCCCAACAUCUCCAAGCAAAACAAGUCAACUCCUAAAUAUGAAUACACCCAAUGCAGCUAUAAAAUAUUAAAGGAAAUUAAUUCAGCCACAAAAGGCUCCUUUAAAGCAACUAUUGCUAACAUUUGCAGAUUAUUUUUUUACUAGUGUAAUAAAAUUUACAAAUUGAACUGAAAUCAGCUGAAGAGAAACUGACAGCAUUAGGGGCCAUGGAGGUGGUCCAGGGCUCAGAGCACUUGCUGUGCAAACAUGAGGACCCACGUUUGAAUCCCCAGCA